CCCCUUACAUCAACUGUCCCCAUCAGAGUGCCCUUUACAUUAACUGUCCACAUCAGAGUGCCCCCUUACAUCCACUGUCUCCAUCAGAGUACCCCCUUACAUCAACUGUCCCCAUCAGAGUGCCCCCUUACAUCAACUGAUCCCAUCAGAGUGCCCCCUUACAUCAACUGUCCCCAUCAGAGUGCCCCCUUUACAUCAACUGUCCCCAUCAGAGUGCCCUUUACAUCAACUGUCCCCAUCAGAGUGCCCCCUUACAUCAACUGUCCCCAUCAGAGUGCCCCCUUACAUCAACUGUCCCCAUCAGUGUACCCCCUUACAUCAACUGCCCCCAUCAGAGUGCCCCCUUACAUCAACUGUCCCCAUCAGAGUGCCCCCUUACAUCAACUGCCCCCAUCAGAGUGCCCCCUUACAUCAACUGUCCCCAUCAGAGUGCCCCCUUACAUCAACUGUCCCCAUCAGAAGUGCCCCCUUACAUCAACUGUCCCCAUCAGAGUGCCCCCUUACAUCAACUGUCCCCAUCAGAGUGCCCUUUACAUCAACUGUCCCCAUCAGAGUGCCCCCUUACAUCAACUGUCCCCAUCAGGUCUCAUGGAUUUGUGAAUUCACUCUCAGAGGUCUG